UCCGUAUCCAUGUCAGUUUCAAGACUUUCACCCGUUUCACUCUCUCUGUCUACAACUUUUCUCGCCGUCGUUCCCAACUUCUUCUUCUCCGUGUAACACCUUUUCUAUUGAGACGAAAAAAAAUGAUAAAGAGAAGAUUUUUUAAGGUUGAUCAUGGCGAUAGGGAUGGUUCAGAUCAUUCUUCUUCAUCCUCAGACGAAGAUUAUGAUAAUCAAACUACAGAAGUAAGCCAGGAGAGUGAUGAUGAUGAUAAUGAAGUUAGCUCACCAUCUGGGUAUAAAAGUGAGGAUAGCUCUGCCAAUGACAUUGAUGCAAACACUGUUGAUACAAACUCUGCAGGUCCGCUAUUUAGUGAAGAUGAUGCUGGAACUAUAAAUGAUAGGGAAGUAUUUAUUAACAAGUUUUCUAGUGAACGCGACUCCAAGAAGUUUAAUGUGGUGCCUGAAAAGAAACCCCUACCAGCAGAUAUACAGUCUGCUUUUGUCGUACAAAUAAAAUCAGUAUUUAAGUGCAGGCUAUGUCCUCGGAUUAUUUGUUUGACUGAGGAUACUUUGCGGAAUCAUCUUCAAUCAAAGAGACACGCUCGAUCUGAAAAACAACACAAGGAAGGCAGACUGAAGACCAUGCUCAACAGCGAUGGUGAGAUAGAGAACCAAGAGGACUCGGAGAAAGAAACCGAAGAUACUGAGGAUGAUACAAUUCCAAAGAAUGACAAAGUACCGAAUCAGCAUAAGGAGAGAUUCAAAAAGAAGAAUCGUGACAAACCAAACUCAAGGAAAAUGCGGUCAUCAAAAGGGUCGUCUAAAAGAAGCCGUAAAAAAUAAGAACUGAAAUACGUCUGUAUUCAACAUUCUGUCAAGCAAGUUUUCUCGCAACUACCAUUUGCCUUUGUGUGCAAAGCAUGUGUAACCCUAAUGUAUGCUCUACAUAUGGCUUUUUUGAUCUCCCUUCAUGUCUCUUCAACAAUUUUAUGCGUUUCCUUUCCAUUUGGAUUGUAAUUGCUCACUACUGCCCUCCCCUUAUAGUAAUUAAUUUCCAACAGCAUUUGAUUU